GAAAGGUUAAUUGUUUCAUUGCAGAUGAGAAAUUCUCCUCGUAAAUUCGAAUUCCUUAUAAGCUGUUGACGCAACUUAAGUUAGUCUCAGCUUGACAUGACAUCAAAAGUACAUUUCACUGGGUAGAGCAACCUGAAUAUGAGUAUACAAAAAUCCAAACCUGUAAACAUGUCAUUGUGAAGCUACUCCAGUCUAGUCUUUAGCUCUGCCUCACCCAUUGGGAAAGGCUUUCUGAUACUUAAUCGCCCUAGUGUGAAGGGGAUGAAAACUGGCUACUCCAUGAUCAUCAAAUUUACUGUUUAUUUACAAAUCGAUUAAGUCGUAAUACCCAGCUCAGUAGCCAGGCGUUCUUUCUCCGCGUCUCUUCCGGCCUAUGAACAUGGCUUGCGCAAAUUUUAAGGGCGUUACCAAAAAUCCGUUCACAGGUCCUUACGAGUACUUCGUGCUCGCCGACGACUGGAAGAGAAAGCCUGGGGGCUAGGCUACAGAGCAUGUGCAUGACUGCCACUUUCUCUGCUGUGGAAGAUUUCAAUCCCUUCUGGUGGCAUUCACGAACAAAACAACUUAUAGGGAGGGCGAAACAAAAACAGACCAGAUCGACGGCGAAGCAACACUUUUCUGUCAAAACAAAACAUCAAAGCCUGACUAGCCUCGCUUGAAUGCGACUCGUUCCGGGUGACAACCGAGCGGUCCGCCAUAUUUGCAUUCAGUGUAUAAAAUCUAUUAUUGUGUGUAUUUGCGUUCGAGAAUGCCCGAACGAAUCCAAUUGUUCCAUAUUAGUGUCAAGCUUUCGGCGUCGUUAAUGCCAAUUAACGUAAAAUCCUUUCCUUUAAACAAUCGCCAGGGUAACAUAGAAUCUUUCCGUACAACAGCUGUGUAAAUUCAUUAAAAUUUCCAUAUCUCUAACUGUCAUUCAAGCCAACACGUAAAUGAAAAUAACAUCCGUGGCAUUCAUUCGCAAAAUCUUUCAUACCGAGUUUAGAACGCUCCUUUUGUCAACUAAAUGACGGUUCCACAAGUCUUGUCCUUCCUCGUUCUCGCCAACGCCCUUGGCGGCGUGUUUUCUUGUGGGGGUGGAUCACCGCCGCCGCCUUGCUCAUGGCAAACGUGCAGUCACGAAUGGAGGAACGAUUGGAGUCCCGGCAUUUCUACAGGACACUGCGUGAAUCAGCACCGUAAUACACACCACAUUUAUACGACUCACCAUGGCUCGGGUUCGUGCCCAGCGCCUUCAGUAUGCAGUCAUUCAACUCAGUAUAGAACUAUGUGCUCUUGUACGAAUGCUUACUACUGCCCCUUCCAUGGUUGGUCUAGUUGGACAGGAUCAAUAGCUCAAGGGACAUGCGGACGUCAGAGCCGUUACCGCGACUACAAUCAACACACCAGGUAUGAUGUGCGAGAAGGCAAUUGUAACGGCAUCCCGAGCUCGUGUGGAUCAAGGCAGUACAACUACAGGGAUUGGUGCUCGUGCAGGUAUGCAUCAUGCUCACUGGGGUCGUGGAGUUCCUGGGCUGAUCUGCCCUCACCUGUCAGUGCAAGUCACUGCGCCUCUCAGCAGCGUACCCGGAGCUAUGCACUGACUUGGUUAUACACCGACAGACAGGACAAUUGUAACGGUGUGGGACCGCAGACAUGCGCAUCUCCUCAGACUGAAACUAGAGAAAAGAUCGUCACUUGUACUGCGCUGCCAAAUCCGGCCCAUGGAAGCUGGGACCGAGAUGACUGUCGAGCCAACUCCCAAACGUGUCCUUCUAUUUGUCUACUUCGGUGUGACACCGUUAAUGGUUUUCAGCUGGAAGGACCAGACAGCCGCGAGUGUCUAGCGACUGGUCAGUGGUCUACGCCAUGGAGUUCAUAUUGUAAAGGCUCUUGUACGAAUGCUUACUACUGCCCCUUCCAUGGUUGGUCUAGUUGGACAGGAUCAAUAGCUCAAGGGACAUGCGGACGUCAGAGCCGUUACCGCGACUACAAUCAACACACCAGGUAUGAUGUGCGAGAAGGCAAUUGUAACGGCAUCCCGAGCUCGUGUGGAUCAAGGCAGUACAACUACAGGGAUUGGUGCUCGUGCAAGUAUGUAUCAUGCUCACUGGGGUCGUGGAGUUCCUGGGCUGAUCUGCCCUCACCUGUCAGUGCAAGUCACUGCGCCUCUCAGCAGCGUACCCGGAGCUAUGCACUGACUUGGUUAUACACCGACAGACAGGACAAUUGUAACGGUGUGGGACCGCAGACAUGCGCAUCUCCUCAGACUGAAACUAGAGAAAAGAUCGUCACUUGUACUGCGCUGCCAAAUCCGGCCCAUGGAAGCUGGGACCGAGAUGACUGUCGAGCCAACUCCCAAACGUGUCCUUCUAUUUGUCUACUUCGGUGUGACACCGUUAAUGGUUUUCAGCUGGAAGGACCAGACAGCCGCGAGUGUCUAGCGACUGGUCAGUGGUCUACGCCAUGGAGUUCAUAUUGUAAAGUCUCGGACCAAGAACGUCCUCGUGUGUCCUCGUGUCCAAAAGACAUCAAGAAACAAACUAAUCAAAAUGAAAUACGUGUCACGUGGGUCUAUCCAGCGUUCGAGGACAACUUCGACAAGCCUCCGGUACAGCUACUAAUAACUAGUAACAGAAACCCGGGUGCUAUUUUCCCUUGGGGUAGAUAUCAAGUGUUGUACGAGGCCAGCGACAGGGCUGGAAAUAAAGCCACUUGUGAAUUCUUCGUGGAAGUUGGACGUAAGUUAAAAUCUUCAACAGCCGAGCAAAACGUGAAUGCCGCAAAGAAGAAUUUCACGUUUUACACAGGCUCUUGCUCCGCAGACGAGCAAGAGGCCUUGACGCGAAUCCGACUUAACUUCCUGGAUGCUGUGAAAAACAGUCCACUAGCCAACUAUGCGUUGUGUAGCGUCAGUCAGGGCCAGGACUGCGUCGUGGAAAACGUUAAAGUCUACUGCGGGACAAACUCCAGACGAAGGAGAGACCUGGACUCCAGUGAGCGAAUCAUCACGUUCGAUUUUGUGAUCCACGACAAAAAUGCUUCGUCUGAUCCCAAAGUAGAAGCUGCCAAGUGCGUAGCCCCAAUCGUUUUUGUUGUUCAUGUCAUUUUUAAAUUGAAGGAUGAUUUCUACUUUCUCAUACUGAUUGCGAUAAAAAUUUAUUAUGGACAGUAUUAUUCAUUCUUUCAUUCUUUCCUUUUACCACUAGUGGAGUGUCCCGCCGGUACUUAUUACAACAGGGACAGUCAGAUCUGCGAGAACUGUCAGGAAGGAACAUUUCAGAAUAGUACAGGACAAUUAAGUUGUGUCCCUUGCCCAGCGGGUACAUGGACUGUGAGCGGUCAUGCCAGGAACUUCACCGAGUGUUUUGAAAUCUGUGAGCCAGGCGAGUACACAAUGCUGGAAGAAUCUGGUAUUGUGAACUGUUUGAUGUGUCCCAUCGGAACCUACCAACCAAAAUUUCGCGCCACAGAAUGUCUAUCUUGUCCUGGUGGCACGACGACGGCACAGAAAGCUUCAACUUCAGUAAACGACUGCCAGUAAGCGACUGGUAAGGAAAACAUGCACUACUGCUCAUUCACCUCUUUGUCCAUCUACUUUCUUGAGUUAUUCAAUGCUCUAGAAAAAAACGUACGACCCAUUCAUUUAUUCCAUCUCCUUCAAGC